GUAGAGAUUUUAUUUAUUUGUUAAUUGAAAGAUAUAUAAAAUAUUAUUUAAGCGUAAUCAAAUAGUGAUACAAUUUUUGAGAUAAUUUUCUUGUAAAUUUGUAUUAAAUAAUAGUGCCUUUUAAUUGAUUUGGUGAAUUUUUAAUGUAAAAAUUUAUCAAACUAACCUCGAAAUGUCGCGAAAAACUGUAUUUGUCACAGUAGGAACGACAAAAUUUGAUGAGUUGAUCAACACGAUAACUCAAAAUGAAAUUUUGAAGGCGUUGAACGAGAAAGGAUAUAAUCACCUAAUUUUACAAAUCGGGAAUACUUCUUUAGAUCCAGACUGUACUCCUCGAUGUGGAUUUAAAUCAAUCGUGUCCUUCCAUUUAAAUCCAUCCCUUGAAAAAUACGUUUCGUCUGCUGACCUAAUAAUCAGUCACGCGGGCGCCGGAAGUUGUUUGGAAGCACUUGAAGCCAAGAAGCCCUUAAUUGUUGUCACAAAUGAAUUACUGAUGGACAAUCAUCAACUCGAAUUAGCUCAGCAGCUACACAACGAUGGCCAUUUAUACUAUUGCACAUGCGAUACUCUUUUAAACCUUCUGCAAACUAUGGAUCUGACGAAAUUGAAGCCCUUCACAUCUGAUAAGAGUCGAGCUAUCGCGAACCUGAUCGAUCAAAUCAUGGGAUUUGAUUAGGCGAAAAAUCUGCAAAUUUUCUCAAAAGUUAGUUCUGGAAGUUUUUUAAAACCUGGAAAAUUUCUUGAAUUUUUCUCAUAAUUCUGGAAGUUUUAUUUCCUUCAAGACAAAAUAGGUUUUUCAAUUUGUUCUCUGCUGAACGAAAAAAGAUUGAUGAUUUAUUUUUUUGGUAUGGACAUGUUUACAAUCAUUAGAAAUA